AUGAGCUCCGAGGUUUUAGUGUCGAGGCCGCGCUAUGACAGCAGAGCUGUGGCUCAGGGGGUCCCGCAGGAAGAGCCUCACGUCCAGCCGGAGGUCCCGCAGCCGUCCUCAGGCUCAUCCACAGCGGGGUACCGCUCGGCUAAAUACACUCCUGCCGAGUGGUUCUCCAACUACCGCAGCAUCCUCCAGCAGGCCGGCACCGACAGCCGCGCAGCCCGGAGCAUCCAGCGAGAGUCCAGAGCUCUGAACCAGGACACCGUGGAAGACACUCUGAAGAGCCAGGCCGACGGGACGCGUCUUCUGGGAGAGAGGCUACAAGAGAUCCACUACUGGAAGUCUGAGCUGCAGCGGCACAUCGAGCGGCUGCUGGCCGACACGGAGUCGCUGCUGGCGCUGAAGAAGAGGCUGGAGAAGGCGCUGGACGCCACCGAGACUCCGUACGCCAUCUCCACCGAUAAUCUGAGCUGCAGGGCCAGAAGACUGGGGCCAGACCUGGUCCGGGACAGCGUGGAGGAGGAGCUGUUGAAGGAAGUGGACUUGAUCAGGAGCGUCCAGGCUCUUCUGAAGAGGACCACAGCUCAGGUUGUCAGUCAGAUCAAGAUGAACAGAGAGGCCAAGCAGACUUUGGAGUUGGACUGGUCUGAUAAGUACCAGGCCUACAACUUUGAUGACCACAGUGGAAGAUACAGCAACACGAGCCCAGACACAAAGCAUCACGCCAGCUCAGCCGCCGUGCAGGACCAGGUGUGUAACUGCACAUCGUGGACAAAGUUUACACAGGACAACCUGUCCAAGGCCCUGCAGGAAGAACAGACCACCAACAGCCUCAGACUGCUGGUGGAGCGAGUGCUGCAGGACACCACCGAGGAUCUGAGAGCCCAGAGCUCCAGCGUGGACCGGGCCUUCAGCCAGCGCUGCGCGGAGCUGAUCGAGGCCAAGACCCAGCUGGAGAUGAAGCUCGCACAGAUCUUGGAGCAGAUUGGGGCCCAGGAGAGGAACAUCGUGGCUCUACAGCAGGCCAUCCACAACAAAGAGGCUCCACUGAGAGUAGCUCAGUCCAGACUUUACCUCCGCUCCCUCAGACCCAACAUGGAGCUCUGCAGAGACCAACCCCAGCUCAGUUUGGAAGGGGAGGUGAGGCAGAUCGAUGCCAGUCUGAGGUCCCUGCACCAGCAGCUGAGUGAGGCCAGAGGCUCCCUGGCCCACCUGGAGGAGUCACGCGUUACCCUUGAGAAGGACAUAAACUGUAAAACCCACUCGCUGUUCAUCGAGAGGGACAAGUGCAUGACUCACCGUAAACGAUACCCCACGAUCUCCACGCUGUCAGGAUACUGA